AUGGGGGACGGUGGCGCGUCCUGGCCGGUGAGUCUCCAGAAUGGCACCGGUGCGUCGGACUACUCCUCCUCCUCAUCCUCCUCAUCCUCAUCCUCCUCAUCCUCCUCCUCAUCCUCAGUGUCCGAGCAGUGGAUGGUGGGGAUGAGCGUAUUGAUGACUCUGAUCGUCCUGGGCAUCGUGUUCGGCAACAUCCUGGUCAUAGUGGCCAUCGCCAAGACGCAGCGUCUGCAGACCCUCACCAAUGUCUUCAUCGUGUCUCUGGCCAGUGCGGACCUCAUCAUGGGGCUGCUGGUGGUGCCUUUCGGUGCCGCACUGGAGGUACGAGGCUCUUGGAUGUACGGCAGCUUUUUCUGCGAGUUCUGGAUCUCCGUGGACGUCCUGUGCGUCACGGCCAGCAUCGAGACCCUGUGCGUAAUCGCCAUAGACAGGUACGUGGCCAUCACGUCUCCUUUCCGCUACCAAAGCUUGCUGACCAAAGCCCGAGCCAAAACGGUGGUGUGCGUCGUGUGGGCCAUCUCCGCACUGGUGUCCUUCCUCCCCAUCCUCAUGCACUGGUCCCGGGACAGCGUGGACACCGCCUGCUACAACGACCCAGAGUGUUGCGAUUUUGUCACCAACAGAGCAUAUGCCAUCUCCUCCUCCAUCAUCUCCUUCUACAUCCCUCUGCUGGUGAUGCUAUUCGUUUACGCACGGGUGUACAGAGAGGCCAAAAAGCAGCUGAGGAAGAUCGACAAGUGCGAGGGCAGGUUUCACAACACCUUCACCGGAUUGACCUCUAAGGUCAAGAAGAGGCCGUCCAAGAUCCUGGCUCUCCGGGAGCAGAAGGCUCUGAAGACGCUGGGGAUCAUCAUGGGGACGUUCACUCUGUGCUGGCUGCCUUUCUUUAUAGUCAACGUGGUGCGGGUGUUUAGUGCAGAGGUGGUGGACAAGAACCUGUUCGUGUUCCUGAACUGGCUUGGGUACGUGAACUCUGCCUUCAACCCCAUCAUCUACUGCCGGAGCCCGGACUUCAGGAAGGCUUUCAAGAGGCUGCUGCUGUGCUGCCCGAGGCAAGCCGACCGCAGGCUGCACAUCAGCUCCUGCGACCUGUCCAGGUACUCCGGCGGGUUCGUGUCGGCUCUGGAGCCCGGCACGCUGGGGCUGUGGUCGGAUUGCGCAGUUGUGUUGGACAACAGCGACAGCAGCCUGGUGACGACCGCAAAGCUGUCGCACUCUGAAUCACAGCUGUGA